UUUCGGCCCUCUUUCCCAACAGUUUCACAUACGAUCCACACACUUCAUUUGCAAUUCAUCUAGCAAAUACACUACAAACAAGAGAGCUUUUGAGUGAGAGUGAGAGAGAGAGAUAGAGAGAGAGAGAGAGAGAGAGAAAACAAAAAAGAAGGCUAAAGUUGGAUUCCCAUAGUGUUUUUCACGUAAAAACUUGUAUUUGAUAGCCAUUAUGGACAAGUAUCACACGAUUAAUUUCGAAGAGACGGAGUUACGUUUAGGGUUGCCGGGAGGCAAGGGAAAUGACGGCGAAACCACCGAAAACAACGGCAAACGAAGGUUCUCGGAGACGGUUAACCUGAAGCUUAAUCUAUCAACAAAGAAGGCCGAAGCUGAUGAGUCAGAGAAGAUGGAGGAGAAGAGCUCUAUCGCUCCUCGCUCUACUGACCCUGCAAAGCCUCCUGCAAAGGCACAAGUGGUGGGAUGGCCACCGGUCAGGUCCUUCCGGAAGAACAUCAUGGCGGUCCAAAAAGCCAGUUCCGAGGAGGAGAGUGACGGAAUGAAGGCCGGCAACGGAAUAGCCGCCGCCUUCGUUAAGGUGAGCAUGGAUGGUGCACCUUAUCUACGCAAGGUGGACCUCAAACUUUACAAGAAUUACCAACAACUCUCUGAUGCCUUAAGCAAAAUGUUCAGCUCCUUCACCAUUGAUAACUACGAGUCACAAGGGAUGAAAGAUUUCAUGAACGAGAGCAAAUUGAUAGAUCUUUUGAAUGGUUAUAAAUAUGCCCCUACCUAUGAAGACAAAGAUGGAGACUGGAUGCUCGUUGGAGAUGUUCCAUGGGAGAUGUUCGUCGAUUCUUGCAAACGUUUACGAAUUAUGAAAGGAUCUGAAGCGAUUGGACUUGCACCAAGAGCAGUAGAGAAGUGCAAGAACAGAUGCUGAAGUUGGUUCAACAAGAAACAGAAGAAGAAACAACAUCAAAAUUAAUAAAAAAAAAAUUAUUAUGAGGAAUAUAUUUUGGAGAAAUAAUAGAAAAAACAAAUGUUUAUUUUCAAUGGUUUGUUUAAUAAUAUCUCUAAAAUAUUAUUGUUUUUGGUUGUCUGAGUGUUUUUCUUUUUCUUUUUGUAAUAUUUUGCAUGUAUUUGUUUAUUGUCACGUAUGAAAAGAUUCUCUGAAAUUACUGUAUU